AUUAACGUUGGUCUCAACAACAACUACUACCACUACUCCGGCUGCUUUCGUCAUGAGUGGAUGUCCCUACUUUGAGAAGCGGCAUUUGUUGUUCAAAAACAGACCUCCCAAAACUGAGGAAGAGGACGAUGUGGCACAGGCAGGAGUGAACAAGGCCAGUAAGGGAGGAAUCAUCUAUGGAGACUACCUGCAGCUGGACAAAGUUCUUGGGGCGCAGGUCCUCCAGAGUGAACUGAAGGCAAACAAAAUCCACGAUGAGCAUCUCUUCAUUGUUACUCAUCAAGCCUAUGAACUGUGGUUUAAACAGAUCCUCUACGAGCUGGACUCUGUGAGGGACAUCUUCAUCAGUGGACAUGUCCGUGAUGAGCGUAACAUGCUAAAGGUGAACACUCGGAUCCACCGCAUUGUGAUGAUCCUCAGACUGCUUGUGGACCAGUUUGCAGUGCUGGAAACCAUGACGGCUCUGGACUUCUUUGACUUCAGGGAAUACUUGUCUCCUGCCUCGGGCUUCCAGAGUCUGCAGUUCCGUCUGCUGGAGAACCGAAUCGGCGUUCCGGAUAACCUGAGGGUGCCAUACAACAGACGCCAUUACAGAGACAACUUUAAAGGGCACGACAGUGAGCUGCUGCAGGCGACUGAGCAGGAGCCCUCUCUGCUCAAGCUGGUGGAGGAAUGGCUGGAGAGGACGCCAGGCUUGGAGGUGGAAGGAUUCAACUUCUGGGAAAGACUGGAAAUCAAUAUCUUUGAAGGUUUGAAGGCCGAGAAGGAAAAGAUCGAGAAAAUGAUGGACGGCGAAGACAAGCAGGAACUGUUGGAGGAGGUGGUCAAACAAAAAGAGCUCUUCACUUCGCUGUUUGAUGAGAAGCGACAUGACCACUUAGUCAGCAAAGGCGAGAGGCGGCUAUCCUACAAGGCUCUCCAAGGCGCGCUGAUGAUCUACUUCUUCAGAGAGGAGCCACGUUUCCAGGUCCCCUUCCAGCUGCUCAACUCCCUCAUGGACAUCGACACGCUCAUGACCAAGUGGAGAUAUAACCACGUGUGCAUGGUCCAUCGGAUGAUUGGCAGUAAGGCAGGAACAGGCGGCUCCUCGGGCUACCACUAUCUCAGGUCCACCGUCAGUGACCGCUACAAAGUGUUUGUGGACCUGUUUAACCUGGCCACGUUCCUGGUGCCACGCAACUGGGUCCCAAAGCUCAACCCAAGCGUCCACACGUUCCUGUACACGGCCGAGUGCUGUGACAGCUCCUACUGCAGCAGUGAGGACUCUGACUAGGCCACACCGCUCUGCCAUUGGUUCAACCAAGCUCCGAUUAUUAAAAAAACCGAAACUAAUUAUAGGCCAUUUGGAUCCUGAUAAAUAUAUUUUACAGAGGUGAGAGUGAAUUUGUGAAUUUUACUGCAGUUUGUGGGCCUUGCCAUAUGUUUCAAAUAUCGGUAUUGGCAUUAGAAAAUAUCGGUUAUCGUCCACAACAGCAAGACAAUAAUCUGAUAUUGGCAUCGGCUGAAAUCAUUGGAAUUUACAAUAUUUCCGCCCAUGACAAAUUACAAUACAUUUCCACUAUAAUGCCAUUUCUGUGGUGGGAUGUUGACAAUCACUGUUUUUGGAGCAUUGUUACUCUGACAUGUAAACACAAAAAAUGACAUAGAAUCUUAGCAAGCUCGAGCCAAAAUAUAUUUUUCAUUUCAAAGUGACACUAAAAGCAUGUCACAUAUCCUGUAAUAAUUCCAGCAAAGAGAAAAAAGGAUAUGACCGGUUAAUCGGAAUUUGUGCAUUAGAGAAAGAAAUGCAUUUUGUUAUUUUGUCAAGUACUGACUUGACUGAGUCUUGUUUUUGUAAUGGGGCAUGAAUUGUAGUCAGAUGUAAGCUGUAACUUUGUAUAUAUUGUUAAUAGUGCAGGUGCCACAUAUAUUUUGUAUAGUAUUCUUAUUGACUGUUUAAAUACAUGUUGAUAUAUAUUUAUAAAAGUAUUAAUCAUCUUGCAUCAACUAUGAUGUAUUUGUGUUGAUAUUGUAUUUACAUGUACACAUUGUGUAAUGCUUUUAACAUGUGUAAAAUGUACUCAAAGGUUCAGCUAUAUAUACUUAUCCGUAAAAUGUUACUUUUACUGUUACUUUUAAAUAAAGUUAUAUUUAAUGGAAUAGAAUGCUAUUAACCUGUACAGUCCAACUUUCUACAUGCAACAAUGUACACAACGGAGGUUACACAUACAAAUGCAUUUAAUUAUACAUAAUCCCAAUUACUUAAUUUUAAGUAAAAUUUAAACUGCGAGUCUCCCAUUUAUUUAUAAUAUUCUUUUGCUGAGUAAGAUAGAUGCAUCAUCAAUAAUUUAUUUGUAAUAGCAAUCAAUUGUCCUUUAGGGUUUCAAAUUGUAGAUAUCUUUGUAAUAACUGGUCCAGUAAUAACUUUCCACAUGAAAAAAACAGGAAUACAUUGUC